CCCACGGCCGCCUACCAGCCGCCUCCGCCUCCCCCCGCCGCGCCUCCGCCUCCUGCCCCCUGUAGCGGGGUUACCUGUCAUGGGGAGCCCGCUAAAUUUUACGGAUACGAAAACUUACAGAGACAGCAGAUUUUUACGACACAGCAAGAGGCCGAGCUGGUACAAUAUCCUGACUGUAAAUCGUCCAGUGCUAAUAUUGGCGAGGAACCAGACCACUUAAAUCAGAGCUCGUCUCCUGCUCAAAUGUUUCCCUGGAUGAGACCACAAGCAGCGCCGGGUAGGAGGAGAGGAAGACAAACAUACAGCCGAUUCCAGACUCUAGAGCUGGAAAAGGAGUUCCUCUUUAACCCCUAUCUGACCAGGAAGAGGAGGAUCGAGGUGUCCCACGCACUAGGACUCACCGAGAGGCAGGUAAAGAUCUGGUUUCAGAACAGGAGGAUGAAAUGGAAAAAAGAGAACAACAAGGACAAAUUCCCCGCUUCCAGACAGGAGGGAAAGGAAGGGGAGGCCAAAAAGGAAGCACAUGAUCUGGAAGAAGACAGAGCUGAAGGCCAAACGAAUUAGAUUUUGCCCUAAAAGCCUUUGUGAAAGGCUAUCAGAAAUAACCAGCGCCACAGCCCGACAUCACGGCCCCGUCUCGCCUUGUACGU